CGGGCUGUAUGGGAAGAGUACGAAAAUGGCAACACUCCUAAAGCGACACCAGAAGGCAGAUGGGUACGAGAGAUGGAUAAAUUUGAGUGUAUGAUAUAGGUAUAUGAGUACGAGCAAAGUAUAUACGGAGAGCAGAACUCGGAGGAAUUUCAAGGACAGACAAAAUAUAUCCAUUCUUAGGAAGGAAAGGACAUGUUAGAGCUGUUGCAGCAAGAGAGACAGGCUUACUUCCAAAAGCGAAGCCAGCGAACUCCUGUUAUCUUCGUCAAAGGUACAUUUGGUGUUGACACGAAGACUCAAUGCGACCUUUUAUGCAAGGGAUUUGAUUUUCAGCACAUAUCCUUACGUGACGUGUUACGUGAAAAGGCUGCCGAUCAAACGUACCUCCAUGCUAAAUUCGUGAGAGAUUGCCUCGAGGAAGAUGUAAAUGUUCCGACUCAAUUGGCGAUUAGUUUGCUUGAGUUGAAAAUCAAUGAAGGGAGAAAAGAAGGGAAGAGCUGGAGCCUUGUGGAGGGGUUUCCAGAAAGUAUGGAACAAAUUCUUGAGUUCAAAAAGAAGGUGCAAAAAUCAAAUUACGUACUAUUUCUGAGCUGCUUAUCAGCGGAAACGCCGAGACAUUCCCUAGGUGGAGGUAGUGAUGAUUCGGAUGUUGUGAAUCAUUUGAAAGCAGUAGAGGGGUACUUUAAAGAGGUAAGGAGGAAGUAAAGCCUAGCA